AUGAAUGACGACCUUGAAUAUAUCAAGAGAAAAAAUAUAGCCGAAAUAUUUGAGGAACUCUUAGGUUACGUUUAUUUUGAAAAGCCUCAAAACGUGGUGGAGUCAUUAAUUGGGGAGCUAAAAAAAUUAGAGAGGAAAAAUAACGUGGAAAAAGUGUUUGAUGCGGAAGACAUAAAGGCAGUGUACAACUUUUUAAAUUUACAAAAUGAGAAAUGUAUAUCUAGGGAAAAGUGCAUUCUCGGCCUGAGUCAAUUCGUGCUGAACAAUAAACAGAGGGAAUUCAUGGAAAAUGCAAAAAUCGCCAGCGACGUUGAUCUAGAAGUUUUCUCCUCCUACGCUGAAAAAAUCAUUAAUUUGUAA